CAGACACGUAAGCCCCCUGCGGAUUGUCGGACAGUCCUGGGGUGGGGACCUCGGGAAAGGCCACUGCGUCAGCCGGCCAAACGCUGCGGGAGUCCCCCUUCCCCCAUCCCGGAGUCCUCAGCCCCUCCACAUUCACCUGAACUUGAACUCCAAGCCCUGUGGCGCUGUUCCAGGGUGGGAUUUGCAUAGGGCACUGUAGCCCGCGUCAGCCUCGGGCUCCCUCCUGCCUUGUGAUCAGCGCCAGCGGGCUGAGCACCAUGGCCAUGAGCCUUUUGCGGGACUGGUGCAGGGGGUUGGACGUGGACGUGCACAGGGCCCUGCUGGUCACUGACAUCCCCGAGGGCCUGGAGCAGGCAGCCAUCGAAGCCGUCUUGCAGCCUGCCUUCCUGCCCGUGGGCACAUUCAGGGUGAGGAACACGAGAAUCAUGAGGGACGAGAAAGCCAAGGCUGCCCUGGUAGAGUUCGUGGAGGACAUUGAUCACUCCUCCAUCCCCAGGGAGAUCCCAGGCAAGGACGGCGUCUGGAGGGUUCUGUGUAAGGACCGCGCCGAGGACACAAGAGUCCUGAGGCAGAUGAAACGCUUGCUGCUGGAUGAAAGGCCCAGGCAGGCUGAGGUGCCCAGGGUGCCCAGGGACACGCCCACCCCUCCCACCUCGGAGACUGAGGCCCAGGGGUCGGAGCCAGCGGCCAGGGAGACUGGCUGCCCUCAUGGCCCAGCCAGCAAGGCUAGGAGGGGCCGUCGGGGUCGCAGAAGCAGAGCCAGAGGCAACAGGUUUACCCAGAAGGGCAAGAAGAGAGGCCGAGGAGGGCGGCCGUGCACCUCGGCCCGGCGCGAGUCCGAGGACUCCUCAGAUGACAGCCUGGGCAUCGUGAUAGAGGAGCUCGAUGAGGGGGACCUGAGCGGGGACGACGACCAGAGAGCACUGUACGCCACACUCCAAGUCGCCGCCAAGGAGCUCGUGAAGAAGUGGUCCCUCCAGGGCGACGCAGAUGAUGAAGAAGACGGUCCCCGUGAGUUCUUGGCCCUGGUGACAGUGACGGACAAAGCCAAGAGGAAGGAGAGGGACAAAGAACCUCUUGGGGCUGAGCCGAUCAGCCUGAACAUCGAAGAAGACCGGAGCGGGGUCCCCGACUUGGUGGCCCUACUUGCCGUGAGAGACGAGGAGCCGAUGGACAGCGACGCUUCCGAAAGCGAGUCGCCAGAAAACGGGGACCAAGAACAAGAGGGGGUGGGGAAUCCCGAGUUUGUGGCCAUUGUGGCAUAUACAGACCCCUCGGAUCCCUCUGCCCGGGAGGAGAUGUUGAAAAUCGCUUCUGUGAUCGAGUCGCUGGGCUGGAGCGAUAAGAAAGACAAAAAAGACGUACUUCCCGAGGUCUUGUCCGUCAUGUCCAAGGACACCUCCGGACCCCGCGUGAAGGUGGAGGAGGCAGGCCGCCAAGUGGACGCCAUGGUCCUGAGGAAGGCCAAGGACGACGGGAACCUUCUGGAAUGUAUGUCUACCUUGGCCGAGCCGGAGACACCCUCCAAGGGGAAGAAGGCUCCGCGUGGCCUCUUCGGGGGCUGGGGCAAUGAAGAAGACGACGAGGUGGGCCUCCUGGAGCUAGUGGCACUCCUGGCUGCCCAGGACACGGCUGAGAUGAUGAAGGAAGAGAAGGAAGAGGCCUGGGAAGGCGGGAAGUUCAAGUACGCCAAGGGUAGCCUGCGGGAGGUCCUGGCGCUCCUGGCUGCGCGGGAGAACAGGGAGUCGGAGGAGGAGUCGGAGGGGGCCUCGGACGGAGGCUCAGAAGAGGCAUCCGAGGACACGGAGAGUGAGGAGUCAGAGCCCGAGGACCGGGCGUCCCGGAAGCCCCGGGCCAAGCGCGCCCGCACGGCUUCCAAGGUCCUGGGUCAGGCCGGCGCCCCCUCGGGGUCCCGCAACACCCGACGGGGAGGCCGAGGCCGCGGAGGGCGGGGCAUCACUCCGGAAAAGAACGCCAAGGACGAGGCGGCGGGUGACAAGAAGAAGAAAGGGCGUGCAGGUGUCGGGGCCCGCGCCAAGGCCGGGGAGGCCAAGGGGCAGCCGCCCACCGGCUUUAAGUCGGCCCGCGGGAAGAAGGCUCGUCGUGGCCGAAGGCUGCCCCCCAAGUGCCGCUAGUGGCUCCCUUAGCCAGCGAGGCUGAGGCCGGCGAUGUGGCCUCUCUGCGCUUUCUCCACCCUCCCUGCAGCAGAGGCCGGUCUCCCGCUUAACCGUGUGCUCUGUGCUCUGCUGUGCGCGAGGCGCGCACUGCGGGUCUCACCUUUACCUUUCAGUCCUUCCUUUGCAGGUGACAC